AUGGGUAUCCCUCUGCCUGCAUUCAUGGCAAACAUUGCCUUCUGCCACGUCAUCCCAUACGCGACCUUGCUAGGAACCUCUCUUUUCCAAACAUUUGUCAAUACUAAGAGCUGCCACAGCGAACUUCCCAGGUCCGCCUUUACGACAUUGCAGAAACGUCUCUUCCCCGUUUACUUUCGUUGCCAGGCGGUUCUCUUGGUUUUGACCGCCAUCACAUUCCCUCCAUACGGCCCAUCAUCCCUACUCCUGGAGAAGCGCGACUGGGCCCCACUCGCAAUCGUUGGUCUCACAACCGUUGCCAACCUCUUCAUCUAUGGGCCGAAGACAAGACAGGCCAUGAUUGACCGGGUUCACCAAGAAACGCGUGAUGCAAAGCGGCCUGAUGCUGUUGACGAGCCAAGCCCGGACAUGAACGCUGUCAAGAGACUUUUUUCGUUCAGCCACGCCAUGAGUAUCCACCUCAAUAUCAUUGGCAUUUUCGGUAUGGUGUGGUACGGGGGAAGGUUGGCAUCUAAGCUGAACAUUGAGACGGACUGA